AUGAGUUCGAACAGAUUGAAAGAAAUGAGAGAGAAUUUUCAUCUAGAAAUAAGAAAGUUAAGUUUGGAAUCUUAAUUUAGAUUGAAACGGUUGAUCAUUACUCCAAUGCAAUAAAAACCUAUUGAAAAGUUGAAUAACAUAGUUGAAAAGAUUACAAGAUCAUAAAUUUUUUAGAAUGAAGAAUAUUAAACAAUGAAUUAGUUAUUGGAUGAGAUCGAAGAAAUAGUCAUUAAUGAUACUUCAUCGAUAAUCAAAUGGACAGAAUAUAUAACUAUAAUUAAAUCUUUAGUUGAUUAAAUGCAAAAGGGAUACUUAAAUCCUGAACAAACAAAUAUUGCAAUAAAAGCUGCUAGUUGUUUUAGAAAUUUGCUAAAAGCAUAAAAACCAACAAUUUAAAUGCAAGAACAAAUUAAUUAAGCAUUUGAAAUUUAUAAGUCUUGGAUAGAAUCUGAUUCAUGUCUAUUAUCAUAAGCUGUAUUAUAGUAAUAUUUGAAGAUUAGGGAUUGAAAGGAAUGAAUUAACUUGCAUAUUUUCAACAUCCAAAGUUAAACUAAUACGAUUAGGUUUAAAGCAUUUUAAUGACACUUUAAAUAAAUCCAUACAAUGAACAAGCUUUAAAAUUGUUAUCUAUAAUCACUAAAAAUGUUGACGAUGAUAAUCAGGUAAUAGCCAUUUUGAGAUAAGCUUCGAGAUUAAUUGAAACAUGCGAUUCAAAUUGUAAUUAUUACUUAAAUUAUUAUUAGUAAGAGAAAAAGGUCUAAAAAUAUUUGAAAAUGCUAGUAGGAAUAUUUAAAACAUUCAAUUUAUAUUAUCAAUGAAGGCAAUAGAUUCUAUUUUAGAUUUUGUUUAUUUCAAAGAAAAAAAUAUUUCAAAAAUUUCUAUGACCAUUUUAGUAAAUUUAUCUUAUACAUCGGAUGUUGAAGAUUGCUAAAAAUUAUUAGAUUUAGGAAUUACAGAUGUGAUUUAUAAAUUGUUGAAAAAUUCUAUUUUCACUUAUAGUAGAAUAUUUGGUAGCAUGAUUUUUAAUAAUCUUAUGGCUUCAUCUCAUUUGAUUCUGGAUAAGGUGAUUUAAAAUUUAAGAUUACUUGAAUUGGUAUUAGAUUUAUUAGAAACAGACGUUGUAGAUGUAAGAAGAGAAUUGUUUUAAGCAUUUCGUAAUUUUUUGGUUGUUUGCACAUAGCAGUAGUUAUUAAAUAUGAUAGAUAAUGGAAUGAUAGAUUAUUUAAUUUUGGGUCUUGAUGAUAUAGAUACAAAUAUUAUAUAACUUGCUAUUGAAAGUAUUUUAAAUUUUGAUAUGUUUAGCUCUUUAUUUGACAAUGAAAAAUUUUGUUUCCACAGAUUACUAAUUAGAUAUUUAUUAUAAAUUUUCAAUAAAAAAUGUGGCCAAAAAACUGGAUAAAUUAUAGUAUUCUGAGAAUGAGUAAAUCUAUUAAAUGGUUUCUCGAUUUAUUUAAGAAUUCUAUGAUUAAGAAUUUGAUGAUUCAGAUUGUUGA